AUGCAGGCCCCGAUGCAGCAGCCAGACACGACCUCCAUCCCGGGCUACAUUAUCCUCCCGGACCCGGUCGACGGUGCGCCCUCGGCGACGGCCGCCACCCAGACCCAUGUUCACCCCCUUGAUCCCCUCUCGGCCGCCGAGAUCACGACGGCGGCGAGCCUGAUUCGCGCCUUCGCGGCGCCGAAGCAGGUCAAGUUCAACUGCAUCACCUUACGCGAGCCCAAGAAGAACGAGUAUGCCGCCUUCCGGUCCCGUCUCGGCCCCCGGCCCGAGCGCCGUGCCUUUGCCGUCGUCCUCGAGCAGGGCACCCCCCACGUCGCCGAAGUCAUCGUCAACCUCGCCAAGUCGGCCGUCGAGGAUUGGCGCGGGCUCGAGGACGUCGCCCCGACCCUGACGCUCGAGGACCUCGACGUCAUGGAACGCGUCGCCCGCAAGGAUCCGCACGUCAUCGCCGCCUGCGCCGAGCUCGGCAUCACCGACAUGGCCUCCGUCUACUUCGACGCCUGGGCCAUCGGCGUCGACGACCGCUGGGGCUUCGAGCGCCGGCUGCAGCAGGGCCUCCCCUACUACCGCGCCUCGGCCCACGACAACCAGUACGCCCACCCGCUCGACUUCACCGUCGUCGCCGACACCGAGACCGAGGAGGUGCUCGCCGUCGACGUCCGCCGCGUCGACGGCGCCCGCACCAAGGUGCCCCUCGCCCAGCACAACUACCUGCCCGAGUUCGUCGCCGACGGGUACCAGCCCCAGCGGCUCAAGCCCAUCGACAUCACCCAGCCCGAAGGCGUCUCCUUCCAGAUGAGGGGCAACGAGAUCCACUGGGCCGGCUUCAAGAUGCACAUCGGCUUCAACUACCGCGAGGGCAUCGUCCUCUCCGACGUCCGCGUCGACGACCCCUACGAGGGGCGCGAGCGCACCCUCUUCAACCGCAUCAGCGUCGUCGAGAUGGUCGUUCCCUACGGCAACCCGGACCCGCCUCACCACAAGAAGCACGCCUUCGACGUGGGCGAGUACGGCACCGGCCUCAUGACCAACUCGCUCAAGCUCGGCUGCGACUGCAAGGGCGCCAUCCACUACCUCGACGCCAUGCUCUCCACCAACAAGGGCCAGGCGGCCGUCAUCAAGAACGCCGUCUGCAUCCACGAGGAGGACAACGGCCUGCUCUACAAGCACACCGACUUCCGCGACGCCAACGUCGUCUCGGCGCGCGACCGCAAGCUCAUCAUCUCGCAAAUCAUCACCGCCGCCAACUACGAGUACGGCUUCUACCACACCUUCACCCUCGACGGCACCUACAAGCUCGAGGUGAAGCUGACGGGCAUGCUCAACACCUAUUGCAUGGCCCCCGGCGAGUCGGCCGCGCCCUUCGGCACCGAGGUGGCCCCCGGCAUCAACGCCCACAACCACCAGCACAUCUUCUCGCUCCGCGUCGACCCCGAGGUGGACGGCCCCAACAACUCCAUCGUCCAGAGCGACGCCGUGCCGUACGAGGCCGAGGUCGGCUCGCCCGAGAACCCCUUCGGCAACGGCUUCUACUGCAAGAAGACGCCGCUCCGGACGGCCAAGGAGGGUGCCGCCGUCUACUGUCACGAGACGAGCCGGGCCUGGGACAUUGUCAACCCCAACCGGCUCCACGCGGCAGCCAAGAAGCCCGUGGCCUACAAGAUCAUCAACACGCAGUGCCCCACCGUGCUCGCGAAGCCGGGGAGCACCGUCUACAACCGCGCCGCAUUUGCCCGCAAGGCCCUCUGGGUCGUCCCCUACCGGGACUACGAGCUCUUCCCCGCCGGCGACUACGUCUGCCAAUCGACCGGCGCCGAGGGCUACAAGGACAACCUGAGCGUGCUCGACUGGACGAACCGGGACGAGAGCAUCGAGAACACGGACAUUGUGUGCUACAUCCAGUUCGGCCUGACGCACUUCCCUCGCACCGAGGACUUCCCCAUCAUGCCGGCCGAGCCGGUGAGCGUGAUGCUGCGGGCGAGCAAUUUCUUCCAGAAGAAUCCGGCGCUGUGGGUGCCGGCGUCGCAGCUCAGCAGGGAUGCGUCUUCGACGAACGCAUUUCCCACGGCGGGCUCCUGCUGCGGCGGGGGCGGCAAGGUGCAGUCACAUUUGUAA